AUGUUGUUCAUAUAUCCUCUAUUCCUUAUUCUCAUUGUCGAAUUAUUUUUACCACACUCCAACUUGAGUUUUUUUUUUCUUGUGAGAAGUGAAAAAAAAAAGAAUUCAUUUUUUAACAGAAUAAUCCCAAAGAAUAGUCCAAACCUUUUUAUCAACAGUACAUAUGCAAGAGUAAAGAAAAAUGAUUUAAAAGGAAGAAUUUGGACGGGGAAUGAACAAAAUAGUAAUAAUCAAUGUGAUGACAAGGAAUAUCGCCAAACUUUUUUGAGGACAAGCAAGAAGGGAAAAUGUACCAGUAUAAGUGGGAGCAUUUUCAUUUUACGUGAGAAAAAAGACAGCACCAAUGAGCUUCCCAACUCAAAUAAAAAUUCGAACGAAAGUUCGAAGCAGAAUGUUCAUCUUAAUGGAGAAUUGUUAAGAGCACAAGAAGGAACCGUGUCAAACUUCCCACCAAACAUUUUUAAAAGUAAUGGACCCACUGAUGAAUUGAAAGAACAGGAGAAUCCAAAUGAUCACGCGAAAAGAAAGUCAAGUCGUGGGAUUGGAGAUGAAAAGAUGGAAAGUAAUAAAGAUCUUGUGGAAGAAAGCGUGAAAAGAAUAAAGGGAGAAUAUUAUGAUGUGGAAAUAUGUGAACUACUGUCCAAAAGUUUCUUGUCUUAUGCAAAUUUUUUAAUUUUAAAUAGAUGCUUGUGUGAUUACAGAGAUGGGUUAAAAACAGUACAGAGAAGAAUAAUUUGGAGUAUGUAUGAAAUAAAUAAAGGUAUUGAUAAAAGAAGUUAUAAAAAAUGUGCAAGGAUUGUUGGAGAAGUUAUAGGGAAAUAUCAUCCACACGGAGAUAAAAGUGUAUAUGAUGCUUUAGUACGAUUAGCUCAAAAACAUCAUAAUAAUAAUUUAUUAAUAAACGGUUAUGGAAACUUUGGAUCAGUAGAAUACAAUGCAGCAGCCAUGAGAUACACAGAAGCAAGAAUUUCAAAUUUCUGUUAUGAUGUAUUACUAGAUGAAAUAAAUGAUGAAAAUAUUGAAUAUGUAAGAAAUUUUGAUGGUAAUGAAAUAGAACCAAAAGUAUUAUGUAGCAAAAUUCCACUUCUACUAAUUAAUGGAUGUUCUGGUAUUGCAGUAAGCAUAUUAAGUAAUAUCCCAUGCCAUAAUUUAAUAGAUGUAAUUAACUGCACCAUUAGCUUCUUAGUUAAUUCAAACAUUACAGAAGAUCAAUUAUCUGAUAUUAUUAAAGGUCCCGAUUUUUCUACUGGUGGAAUUAUUGUUAGUAAACAAAGUGAACUAAAAAAUAUUUACCAUACAGGAAAAGGAAAUAUAGAAAUAAGGAGCAAUGUUUUUUUUGAAUAUAUGAAGAAUAAUAAACUUUAUACAAACCACAUAAAUGAUUUUGCCUCAUUACAUUCAUCAGAUGUGGAUAAUAAGGGAAGUAAAAAAUUAAUAAUAAAAAAUUUACCUCCAAAUGUUAAACCAAAUGAAUUAAUUGAAAGUAUCAUAAAUGUACUAAAUGAGAGGAAAAAUGAACAUGAUAAUAUACUCGUCAAAAUACUUGAUGAAAGUGAAAAGGAAGACAUGAGAAUUGUGCUUGAACUAAGAAAACAUAGUCAGCUGGAACAAAUUCAAAAUUUCUUAUCAUUCAUUUUUAGAUACACACAAAUGCAAAUUACUUAUCAUUGUAAUUUUGUGUGUAUUGGACAUAAGAACAGUUAUACCCAAUUUUCUUUAAAAUCUUUUAUUCAAUUAUGGUGUGAAAAUCGAAUAAAAUUUAUUAAAAAAAAUCUACAAAUAAAAAAUCAAAACUUGCUAAAGGAUCAGAACAUAAUAGAAUUAUACAUUCUUAUACAAAAAAAAAUUGUAGAAAUAAUUUCCUUUUUUCAAAAAAAUAAAAAUAUUGAAGAAAUCAAAAACUUCCUCAAAAACAAUUUUCAACUUAAUGAUUAUCAAAUUCAGCAUAUCCUCUCGAUGAAAAUACAAAAAUUGAUAAAUAUUAAAAAUGUCGAUUUUGAAACACAAAAAAAUAAAAUUAUUGCACAAAUCAGAAAAAAUGAAGAACUUAUUGCCAACCUAAGCAGAAUUAAGGCUCUUAUCAUACAAGAAUUAAUUUAUAUAAAAAACAAAUAUGGCAUAAAUCAUUUAACAAAACAGGUUUCUCCGCAGUCUGUUAAGUAUAAGUAUACCUAUAUAAAUCACACAUCUCUUACGAAAAACCAAGAUUUUAGGAGGAGCAAAAUUGAUUCUUCAUCUGUUCAUCUAUGGGAUGUCCCAAUUUCAUUUCAAGAAAACAGCGAAGAUAUCGCAUAUCGAUCUAUUCUAAAUGGAGAGAACUUAUCAAAAAUUAAUGAUUCUCACAAUCCACAUGAGGAGGAAAAGGAAAAUAAAACUUAUUUUUAUACUUUACCAAAUGAACAGAACCAAGGUCAAGGGGAUCACGACGAGAGUGCUUCCCCCUCAUAUGCAGGUCACAUGAAGGAGAAAAAAAAUGAAAAAAAGAAGACAGAAGAAAAAGUGCACUAUAGGAAUACAUACAUAGAUUCAAUGCACACAAACGUCGAAGGUGUAUACAACAAUGAUCAUGUACUGAUUUUAAUUACCUAUGGGGGGUAUGUAAAGAAGAUAAAGAUUAUCGAAAAGUUGAAAAAUCACCUGAAUAACACCAUUAAGUUGUCUAAUGUGAAAUAUAUUUUAAAAGAAAAUGAGGAAAAACUCAAUGAGGGAAUGCGACAAAAAAUUGGAGAACAAAUCAGUACAUACCCAAAUGAUGAAACUAGUCUUAUCAACAUCACAGAAAAUGGAGAAAAUCUAGGUGAAGAAAAAAUCAACAGUAGUUACAGAAGCAAUAGCUAUAAAAUAAAAAAAAGUAUUUUAUGUCGAAAUAGAGAUAAACUACUUCUGACGGAUAAUCAUAAUAAGGCUUAUAUUCUUAACGUGUGUAACCUGCAUCCCUCCUCCUAUGAUUCCAAGGGAACACCAAUUAAUCAAAUCAUUAACAGCGCAAAGAACAUUACUGGGAUAACGAAAUUUGAAGAAGAUAAAAAAUACCUUAUUGUUUGUAGCGAAGAUGGGAAGAUGAAAGUGAUAAACAAUGAUUUAUUUUUGAAGAAGAAAAAAAAAGGUAUCAAACUUUUUAAAAAUAAGAAAAAUAUACAUUUCAGCUAUUGCAAUUUUAGUGACAAUUGUAUCGUGGGUACUAGGAGCGGAUAUAUAAUACAAUUCCCAUUGUCCAAUUUUAAAAUAUCCAAAAAAAAUUCAUUGGGAAAUAAAUGUAUAAAUUUAGGGAAAAACGACAAAGUUGUGGACCUUUUGACAUAUAAGAGCGAUGAAAAUUUUUUGAAAAAUUUCAAAAUCAUCUUUCUUUCAAAAGCAGGAUAUGGAAAAAUGAUUAAUUUGGAUGAGUUGAAGAUACAGAAGAAAAAAGGAAAGGGUUAUAAAAUUAUGAAAUUUAAAAAGGAGAAAAAUAAGAUCCUCACGAAUAAUGACUUACCUUUAUCUUCUUCUCAUGAUGGAAUAAAAAAACGCGAAGAAAUAGAAGGAACGGAAGGAAUGAAAGGAAUCACAGAUGACAACAUCGAAAUGGUGCAACCAUUAGGAAAUGACAUGAGCACAAAGAAAAAACAAUGUGGGAAAAAAAAUUCCGCACAAAACACAGAUACGGAUGAGUUUCUCGGAUUUAAAUUAUAUGAUAUGACAAAAAAGAAAGACAGCGAUUUACUCAUCAUGAUUACCGACCAUGCUGUUCUUAUUCGAAAAAAUAUCUCCUUAUUAAAGAAAAAAAAUAGGAAGCAUUCAUUGCAGAUUUACGCCAAGUUGAGUAAGCUAAACAGACUCGUUUACUUUGAUAUUAUGUAA